UAAUGAUCUAGUGUUUAUUUCUAGUUAGCAGACAAGGAAAGACCAGAUUGACUAAGUGGUAUAAUCAAUCACUUACUACAAGGGAAAAGCAACGAUUUUUAAAAGAAGUAUUGCUAUGGAUGUUAUUGUAAAGAUAAACUCAUUAGUAUUGACACGCGGUCAAAAGAUGUGCAAUUUCUUAGAGUAUGUAGAAUACAAAAUUGUUUAUAAACGAUAUGCUUCACUUUAUUUCAUAGUUAUUUGUGAUAAGGAAGAUAAUGAACUGUUGAUAUUAGAGAUCAUUCAUCAUUUUGUUGAAGUUUUGGAUAAGUAUUUUGGUAAUGUAUGUGAAUUGGAUUUAAUUUUUAAUUUCCAUAAAGCCUAUUACAUUUUGGAUGAAUUAUUAUUGGGUGGCUUCCUUUAAGAGCCAAGUAAAAAAAUUAUACUUAAAGCAAUCACUAGUCAAGAGGCUCUAAUAGAAGAAGGAAAUGAUGAUCAAUCUAAAUGAUU